AUGGGCUCUUCUUUGGAAGAACGCCAGGUAGACGAGAAUGAAUUGACCCCUCCUCUUAAUCUCACAACCUCCGCGGAACCUACACUCACCUCCCCCACCAGUCCUAUUGCCCAAUCGCAAUUUAAGAUUCUGGAAGAUGAGGAGGACUUGGUAUCCCGGGAAUAUAGAGACGAUAAUAUAAUAGACCAGAGCACUCGACGAGCGGUCAAUAUUGCUCCUAUAGUUGUAGCAAAUUUGGACGAGUCCACAUAUGAAUCGCCACUAGGGAGUUCGGCCAUAACGAAGUCACCCAAGUCGUCGCCUCUCGAGUCUGAGCUGCGAAGCGCUUUACGGAAGUACAAGGGUGAGGAUAAACAUGAGUUUCUGCCAAUCGAUGCGUUCGAUAGGAUAAUACAAGUGGAGAAUAUCAAGAAAGAACUUUGCCGUUGGAACAAACACCAUGAUGCAGUCACCAUGGCAGAUAGUGUGAUGGGUAGUAACCUCCCAGACCAAAAUCGAGACGGCCAAACGAAGCGAAAAAUCUUCGCGAUAUUGGGAUUGAUGGAGAAGGCAAGAAAGAUUGAACAGUUCGUCAAGCUCGAAAUUUGCGACCAUCAACUUCCUUUCAAGUUUCAAAAAGGAACGAGUGGUCGUUUCGUAAUUGAAGAUAGAUAUGGGCAUGGUCUACCUCUCGAGAUGUUCAAGAAACAGAGUUUAUGCGAAAGUUUUCGGGAUCAUCAAUGGGAGGUAUUAGCGCCCUCCUUCGAAUUGAGUCUAGACUCAACUCAGAAGAUACAACAUCUCGACUUCAAUCUAUACGAAAGACUCCCUUUCAUGGAAAGUGAGCACAUGUACGAAGGGGAACCAGAGUUAGCUCAGGGGGGGUACGCCCAGGCUCCAGGAAAAGAGACCUAUUUUGCCGUGAAGCGACUCCAUCGGGAUGAAGAGGAUUCUAGACAGCGUGGUGAAACGGACAACUACGAAGCGCGGGUCCUAAAGCGUCUCAACGAUCUAGAAGACCCGCAUAUCAUACGGCUCCUAGGAACCUUCUCAUACGAGAACCAUUUCCACAUGAUAUUUCCUUGGGCAAAUGGCAAUUUGCAGGACUUUUGGAAAACUUAUAUUGACGAUCCUACUGCUCGUUCAACCGGUUUACUUGCUCAGUGGCUGUGCAAGCAGAUGAUCGGUCUCUGUAACGCGUUGAAUAAUGUUCAUAAUACUCAGAGAUCCGAGCGCAGGCCACAAGAUCUUACACUGGACUUCGAUACCCGUACACAUGGAAGGCAUGGUGACAUCAAGCCUGAAAACAUCCUUUGGUUCAAGAAAGAUGGUCACCGGACAGAUCAAGAAAGCUUAGGAGUGUUGAAGCUUGCCGAUUUCGGUUUGGCAGACUUCCACUCUGAGCGCUCGAAGUCUGAUGCCAACGCUAAAGGCGUAACCCAGACAUACCAAGCACCGGAGGUUGACGUCCUGAGAGUUGUUUCACAGAAAUAUGACAUGUGGUCUUUGGGCUGUGUGUUGCUGGAGUUUGCUGUUUGGUAUGUGGACGGUUGGGAAGGAGUCGACAACUUUUCACAAAGACGGAGUGACGAAACUGCAAUCGGCAUAAGAAUGGAUAAAUUCUACGAUGUCCGUUUGGAGGAGUCCAGCACUAAAAGCACUCGGCGUGCCAAAAUUAAAGCAUCAGUGGCGGGCGUCCGAUAUUUUUUGACCGAGAAUCCGAGAACAUCCCAAGGAUGCAGCGAUUUCGUUAUAGACAUACUGGAUCUUGUUCAGGAUUACUUACUACGGAUGACUCCGAAGAAAAGGGCGCACUGCGAUUCUAUUGUUGAGAAGCUCACGACGAUCUCUAGAAGAUGUGUAGAAGAUCCUCUUUACUGUACUCAGCUGCGCAAGACAGUAGACAUGACGGCAACAGAUCACUCAGAGCUAUCCUCAUCAGAAACUUCCUCUGAGCGUAACAAGGACCGUAUCCAGCUUUCACUUGAACAAAACAGUGGAGAAGCAAACGAAAAUGACAAAUUUGAAGCGGGUCGUCAAGAGUUGCCCGAAGAGAGCCAUGUGGUCCCAAAUUUACCGUCGAUGGGCGAAACGGGUUCGACGUCAGCGAGGAAAGAAAGAAAGCAGCGACUCAGGAUGUGGUCCGAGGCUGUGUACAAAACACUAUGUGGAUGCCUAGGCACCAAGAGUAAAGAGGAUCGAUGA